AUCCCAUUACGUCACUUCCUGUCCGUAGCGAUUUCUCAUAACAUCUCUCUUUUGGCCGCGACUCUAAGCUAACGUUAGCGGUUUCUAUUGUGACUGUAUUUUAACAACAAACACAGAGGGGAAAAUGUCAGAUACGGUAAGAUUAUAACAGUAGACGGUUUUAAUGCUCUCUAAUGUUUCUGAUCUCUUAAAGACUGAUAAAUAAUCUUUGUAGUUUUCAGCUCGGAGCUUGUAAUUUAAGAUGCUAACUGAUAGCUCAUGUAGCUUCAGGCCUCUGACUCUUUGAUUAUUUGACUAUUUAGCUCCACAAACACAGAUGUAAACACCUUAUUUUUACAGUGGAGCUUUAAAACAAGAAGAUUUAUGAACAUACUGAGACAUGCAUUUGUCUAAAUGGACUGAACCGGCUGAUGUGAAGCUCCGGGCCCGUCUGUGUUCAGUCUUUAUGGCCCUUAAAUGAGUCUGUUUAUCAAGUUUUUCACUGUUUUUUCUUUAAUUUCAGGAGACAAAACCAUCCAGCCAAGACGGAGGGGACAAGAAGGAUGGAGAGUACAUCAAGUUAAAAGUGAUCGGUCAGGUGUGUUGAUCACAUGGAGAACAGAUGAUCAGAUAAACAACAGUGAUCUAAAGAGGAGGGAUUAUUAUUUACAGUUUGUUUUGUUGUUGUAUAACCAUCAGCAUUUGUCUAUCAAGUCAUUCUGAGACUGAACCUAUUCAGGAAAAAGUCUUUGAUGAUUUUUGCAGCAUCUCUUGUCAGUGUUGAACCCUGGAGAUAGGUAAUACAGGUCAACAUAUCUAGAUAUAACCUGUUGGAGUGCCACAGGGUUCAAUACUGGGACCAAAGUUAUUCAUAUUAUAUAUAAAUGACUUAUGUAAAGUUUCUAGUGUAUUAAAAAGGUGUUAGUUUUGCCAAUGAGAGAAGCUAAAGGAUACUUCAGUGGAGUGGAGUAAACUGAAAGAGACCAAUUCAACCAAAUACAGAGGUUGAAGUGAGGAUUGAUAAUACUAAGAUAGAAAGGGUGUAUGAGUGUAUGAAAAUGGACCAUAAUCUCAGCUGGAAAGUAAUAAACUAUGUUAGGUCAAAGCUGGCUCAGAGUAUUGGCAUUUUGGGUUGGAAGGCGCAUAUUAAACCAUAAAACAUCAUACUUAUUGUACAGUAUGCUUAUAUUCUGGGGAAAAUACAUACAACACGAAUUUACAACCUUCAUAUGUGAUGCAAAAGAGAGCAAUAAGGAUUGUUAAGAAGGUAGGAUUCUUCCAACACACUAAUGAAGUGUUUCUGAAAUUAAGAGAAUUAUAAUUUGCUGAAUUAGUUGAAUUUAGAACUGCACAGACAAUGUAUAAAGCAAGUAACAAUCUACUCCACCAGAUGUUUGACUACACUGAAAAUCAUGUGUCUUUACUACUAACGCACAGUUUAAAAGUGAAUUAAAGCAGAGUAUGACUGAAAAAUAGAGACUUACCAUAUUGUACACGGGUUUGGUACACAUGAGAGUUUUGUAGUAUUCAAGGUAUAUAUAUAAAGUGCAUAUAUGUGUGUAUAUAGGUAUGGGUUUAUAUAUAAGGUCUUUGUUUUAGUAUUAAUGUUUAGUUACAUAUUCAUGUCAGACUUUGGAGCUUUGGUUACUUUUUGGUGACAUCAGAAAUUCAGCGAAUAGGAAGGUUGAGGGAAGGUUCUGAGAAAAAAUAGGGAAUUUCUCGUCUAAAAUUGUACUUAAUAUUUAUUUGAUUAAAUAAACAAGCUCAUCAUCAAUCUUAUAGAUAAGCCUUUUAUUGAUUUUAAAGACUAAUCGUGGAUGUUCACGUGUAGAGCAAAAAUUAAACUGUUAAUAAUGACUUCCUUAAAAUAAAAUUCCAUAUUUAUUUCAACCGAUCAAGAAAAUUGUGGUUGUAUAAAUUGUAUAUCUGAGCUUUUGGUGAAGGUGAAGAUUUUAACUCAAACAAAUCUUCUUUUUUCUUUCUGCCCUACAGGACAGCAGUGAAAUCCACUUUAAGGUGAAAAUGACGACACAUCUGAAGAAGCUGAAGGAGUCUUACAGUCAGAGACAGGUAAGAGGGAAAUGACAUCAUGCAGUAGUAGUAAUAGUGUUAGCAGUUGUACUUAUAGUCAUGUGUAAAUGUUCAUAGCUUCAUAUCGUACUUUUUAUAUGUGAAUACUUGAUUUAUCUGAAGUUUUAUUCUAUCUUUAUUCUUUAUAUAUAUAAAUUGCACUUUUGUUACUUACUCCUUUUAUUAUACGGUUCUUUUUUUUGUACAUACUGAUGCUUGAGGGAACUUUUCCAAACUGAUCAAUAAAGUCUUUCUAAUCUAAUCUAAUUCCACACCCUGUUACUGCUUGACUCCUGCGUAUAAAGGACGCGCUGUGUGAUAGAUUCUAGGUCUUCAGAUUUCCUUUUAUUGAAGUUGUUAAGCUCUGAUCGUCACGUGUGUGUUUGUUUGUUUGUUCCAGGGUGUCCCAGCCAGCACGCUAAGGUUCCUGUUUGAGGGACAGAGAAUCUCAGACAACCAAACUCCAAAAGAGGUAAACUUGUCUCAUUCAGACUCACACAUUCUUUUUCCUUGAGUUUAGUAUUCAUCAAACUGGUAUAAAGCUGUGUUCAAGUUACCUCAAAAGUCAGAUGUCGGCGCUGAAAAUGACGUCACACCCGAGUAACCAAGUCGGAAAAAAGCAAAAUCAGAGGCCUGAAACAAGAUGGCUAAAUCUACGAAAGCUAUUUUAGUGCUUGCUUUGUCCGAACGUAAGCAACUUCUAGAUAAAAAUGUGGUCCUUCUGCAACAUCUUGUUUACGCCUCCGAUUUUGCUUAUUUCCAACUUGGUAACUGAAACGCUGGGAACUCUGGUGUGACGUCAUUCCCAGCUCGGGAAUGACGGACUACUGAGGAAACUCGAACGCAGCCAACUUAUUUGGUUUUAAACACGUCAAGAUUCUACAAAAUAUCUUCUUGUAUAAUCAUUAGAAUCUUUCUAACAGUCUAAAUAGUAAUGAUAUUUCCUCAGAUGCAUAAAUAUCUUUAGAACCUCCAUAAUGAGCUCUAAAUUUGGUACCUGAAAGAAAACAACAUGUAAACACAAAUAGAGAAAUGCCUCUGUCACUAAAACACGUCUCUGCUGUUUGUUCACGUCAGCUGGGGAUGGAGGACGAAGACGUCAUCGAGGUUUAUCAAGAACAGACUGGUGGACUUUGGAAUGACUAAACUUCCCUCGUUUCUAAUUUUUUUUUUUUUCCUUAUUUUGUAUUUUAUUUUGUAUGUAUGUACGUAAUUUUGUUCAGUUCAGUUUCAAACCAUCUGGAUCAAACUGAUUCUAUCAGGGCUUCCAUUGGAGAGGGCAGGGAGGUGAACAGACUGAGGUAAGAAAACGACAGCAGGUUUCUGAAGUGCAGGGAUGCUUAUGUUGUUGACUGGAGCAAUAGCAUUCAUUGUGGCUGUUAUAAUAAUAAUGUAAUGUUGCUUUUUUAUCUCAUCUUUUUUUUUUUUUUUGGAGAAGUAAGGCUAUCAAAGAACAAAUUUUUACUAAAGGAAUAGUUCACCCAAAAAUGAAUUGUUGUAAUCUCAUCACACACACUUUGAGGCUGUCAGAGUUCCCAUGAAAGGCUGUCAGCUCUGUGUCGGUGGAUAUGAACUCCUUUUUCUAAGAAUAUUGUGGCAACUACUUAAAUAAAAACUGUUUUAUAAUAUUGAUAAUGCCAAGAUGUGAUUUCUUCUGUUCUGCUCAAAGUUGCUCUGCGCUUGAAAACUGAUGGAAGUGAGAGGAAAACUUCAGGUGCAGUUUUUGGAUUUAUGAAUUGAAGAGAGUUUGAAAAUGAUCCAGCUUUAGAAAGAGACACUCAUGAAGCAAAUGUUGAACAUUAGAGACACUUGAGAGCACAUGGAUUCUGAAACUAAGAGCACACAAGCCUAUGAACUGGAUUUUUGGGCGCACUAUUCCUUUAAAGUCGUCACUAAAGAGACACUGUCUUCUUGAAGCAAGCUUGCUUACCCGAGAGAGAGUUCACUUUGGUUGGCUCUGUGCUCACAAACUGCUGGAUUUCUGAGCUGGCUCAAUCUUAACACAACAUAUCAUAAAAAAAGAGACUGUCUUGUUUCUCUGGAUUUGAAUAAUUUCCAUUUACGACCUCUGUGCCAUGUUUGACGUUCACUCUGAUGAAAAUGUAAAGUCAGGAUCAAAGUUGAGCAGAUAUGGUGAUAUUUGAGAUUUUAAGACCAGUUUUAAAUGAUCGAUGUGCUUUACUUGUGUAUGUUGUACUCAGUGUUAGAGCGUGUUUGAAUGAUAUGCCAUGUUUCUCCUGUGUUGUCUUUAAGUUAUAGCGGGCGGGGGGAGUCAUUCUGUUAUAUUAUAGCUAAAUAUAUUCCUGUUAUGCAAAUGUUUUGCUUGCUGACAGUCACAGUAUGUCUCAGUGGGCGUGAUCUGUCCUCCUGCGGUUUGUUCGAGGGGAAAUCUGAGGACUAGUCAUCAGUGACGUGUUUCACUUUGUGUCAGCUCAUGUUUUAGAGGCUUGUCUAACUCUUAGUGUUUGUACUGUAUGAAGUUCCUCAAAAGGUUAAGAUCAGUAACAGCCCCAAACUCGGUCAUCUUUGUAUAAUUGGUCCAAGAAUGAAAACACAGCGAGGUUACUUCACCUCUAAAAUGUCAGGUUCAAGCUGCAGUGGAUGAUUGUGAAGCUGCACCUCCGGGUUACUUUUACUUCUGUCAUAAAAUACAAAUCCAGAGGCAAGUGAACGCUUUACUGCCAAGCUCAAUAAUGAAGGUACCAGCAAGUUGAUCCUUUUUUCUAGAUCCUGUAAUCAUGGAUCAAACAGUCUGACACUUUCAGGAGGUGAAGGAAAUAAAAGCUUCUACAAUCGUCCUCGAUGGUUAAACUUUUCUGAAUUGGACCUCGAUCUGAUCCACCUGACUGUUGUCAUCUUUUCAUUGGUGUAUAGUGAACAGCUCAGGUGAUCUGAACUCCCCCUAAACCCCCAGACAGGAAGGGCUGUGAUUUGAGCCAUACCAUCGAUCUCAGUGAAGGGCCGGGACUGUUCGAUAUUAGAGGAACAUUGAUACAGAUGGUUUGAAAUUCUGGAUAUGAGCUUUUUGCUUUUUUGAAUAAAAUAUUUAAGAAAAAAA